AUGAGUAAGUCAGAGUUCCAAGUCAUCAUUGUGGGCGGAUCAAUCGGAGGCUUGACCCUGGCACAUUGCCUACAACGGGCCGGGAUUGAUCAUGUUGUUCUCGAAAAAGCGAGAAAUCCAGCACCCCAGAUCGGGGCAUCAAUUGGCGUUUCCCCAAACGGAGCUCGUGUUCUCGAUCAACUCCAACUGUACGAUCUGGUCGAGGAACAGAUUGAGCAGCUAAGCACAGCAACUAUCCGCUAUCCCGACGGUUACAGCUUUAAAACGUCCUUUCCCAAGGUCAUAAGUGAAAGGUUUGGGUACCCAAUCGCAUUCCUGGACCGGCAGAAGCUGCUUGAAAUCCUCUAUCAGGGCUACCCAGAUCAUCGCAAAAUUUGCCUGGACGAAAGAGUGACAAAAGUUGAGACUUGCGGUGAUACGGCUAUAGUGAGCACGGCUAAGGGCUCUGUCUAUCGAGGCCACCUCGUCGUCGGCGCGGAUGGUGUCCACAGCAAAGUUCGGCAGGAAAUCUGGAACGCCGUCGAGAAGACCAGCUCGAGAGUGGCAAUCGAAAGAUCCAGUCUAAAGGCGGAGUUUCGCUGUCUCUUCGGCAUCUCCUCCCCCAUCAAGGAGUUGAUUAUAGGAGAGCAAGUAAAUGCUUUGUUUGAUGGCUUCACUAUUAUUACGAUCCAUGGAAAAAAAGGGCGCGUGCAUUGGUUCGUCAUACAGAAGUUGGAUAAGGAAUACACAUAUCCAAACUGCCCUCGCUACAUGGCAGGCGACAUUGAAAUUGCGGCAGAGGAACUGAGAAAUGUAGUAUUCUACAAAGACAUUAAGUUUGGGCAAUUAUGGGAAAAUCGGGAAACAGUCGCCAUGACCGUCCUGGAGGAACAUACCUUUGGAACCUGGCACCAUGGCCGGCUAGUUCUUCUUGGCGACAGUGCUCACAAGAUGACUCCCAAUAUUGGACAGGGCGCCAACAUGGCAAUCGAGGAUGCUGCAUCUCUGGCAAAUCUACUUCAAAGCUUGCGGAAGGGCUUGGGCACUUGGCCUCCCACGGAUGGACAGGUGAAGACUCUUUUGCAGCAGUAUCGCAGUAUUCGCCAUGGCCGCGUCAACUCAGUCUACAAAAGCUCCCGUGUUCUGGUCCGCUUACAUGCCAGAGAUGGCCUAAUAAAGACUCUCAUUGGCAGAUACUAUGUGCCAUAUGCAGGCGACUUGCCGGCGUAUAUCGGAUCCAAAUCUAUUGCCGAUGGGGUGAUGUGUGAUUUUCUGCCUCCCCCAAAGCGCAGCGGGGAUGGAUGGGAGAGAUAUCGGACCAAAGGCUCAAGGUUGCCUCAAGCUAGCUUGUAUGUCCUCAUUUUGGCUAUCCUCUAUACUUACAUGGAUAGGGAAUGGUUUGGCUUGCGGUAG